GUCCAAUGCGGUCCCUUGUCCGAUCAAUAGUAAGAAAACUUGACCUCACCAUCUAACGCCUGCUUCUUCUGCAAUGUGCCUUGAACGACAGCAAGUUAAAUAGCUUGGUCAACUUCACUUCUCCAGAGUUUGCUGGAGUGACCACCAUGCUUUCGCAGUGGUAGCGUGCUGACACCAAUACUAUUGCCUAUCGAUAGUCACUAAGUGAGCGGCUAGCCUUGGAUCUCACAACCUCAAUCGAAUCCGCCCAUUCCGCCCAACUCCAAGGCGGUCAGCUUACUCUAUCAUAAAAUGAAGGGUCGCAGAUAGGAGUAAGUUUGCCCCUCCAUGGUAAGGCUGUCAUAUAUAAAUACAGCGGCAGAGUCUUGAGUACAGCAACAUGCCUACAUCACUUCUACCCAGACAUAUACCUUCAAGUUCAUUCCAUACCCUCACUGCCAAUCCCGUUUAUAUGGAAAUGGAGUGUCCUGUGCCUUUAUCCCGCCCAGAGCCUGCAGUUCUACCUUCUCGAGCAUCCUCAAGCGGCUUCCAAUCUAGUCACCAAAGCCCCAGGUCAAAUACCUCACAUCGACCAGCCCGGCGAUAUAGGCCUGAUCCACACUUAUCAAUUCUACCGGUGUCUCUUCCUCAAAGCAGUGAAAGCAAAACGACCGUACGAAGCCCUGGACAACAAUUCGUGGAGUACUUUACCGAGAGACGGAAAGAUACAGAAUGUCGAUCGUGUAUUUUCAUUUGUUGGACUCAGGGCAACUUGGCGAAAGUUGUGGAUAUCCCUUUCACUUCAGACGAGCUGAACGACGAAAAGAAAGUCUUUCAGCGGUUGAGAGAGAACUUUUUCCAGAGAAGGGGCUACAUGCGGACCUUUUUCUAUUCCGCAUACCCAGAGCAAGCAAAGAUACAUCCUCUCGGCUACCCAGAUAUGGUGCAAAGGUGCUUUUUUUCAACAGUGCGCAGAUUUGAAGCCUAUGAAGAGCGAUCAAAAACUCUGGGAGAUCUAGAGUUAUUAAGAAAUGCUCUCCCUGGUGAUGAUUACCCUUGCUACCCAUCAGACGGAUCCGAGUCGAGAUACUUCAUCCACCUGAAUGAUUGUCUCGCUCAUGUAGGCGAAACAUGCGGUUACGAGGACAUUGAUCACCUAGAGGGACACCUUCUCGAUGUUGAAAAUAUUCCACCGAUUUUAGAGAAAACAUUUAUGAAUCCUGAACUAGCCGUUGGUCAGAAUUUACUGAAGCGGGACAUAUUUUCUCUGGAGAACUCUUCUAGCUACAUCAAUACCUACAAGUUUCUACGACCGGAAGGUCGCUACCGCGGGUUUGCAUACCUUGAGCUGAACGCAAUAUUCAUUAGAGAAGAAAAGAGACUCUUCAGGCUUACAUUGUUCAUUGUUAUCACCACCGCUUUAAUAGUCUACACAGGUAACAGAGCAUUCCAUAGCUGGGAAGCUGGUGUUGGUCUUGGGGCACUAUAUACUUCUUUGAUAACCUUGUGGGUCAUGCUGGAUGAAUGACAUCUGUUGUGGUUGAAAUGCCACAUUCUGUCCUCUCCCCCGUCUCUUUAUAUGAGUGCUGCGUGCUGAAAGAGGACCUGUCCUCACCAUACUUUUUAACUUUACACAGACCACGAGGUACCCUGAAUUUAGGAAAGUUCUUCGUCACAAAAUAGUUAUCUCUGAACGCCGUACAUAGCCGGGUCGAAUACGUUCUGCAGGUCAAUCAUAAAAGACGACCCAUAGCUCCUCCGACGAAACAAAGUCGAAUCGCAGGCGUUUCACAGGGGAUGCCGGCUCUUCCU